ACUGAAACAUCAACUGAAACAUCAACUGAAACGUCAACUGAAACAUCAACUGAGACAUCAACUGAGACAUCAACUGAAACAUCAACUGAACCGUCAACGGAAACAUCAGCUGAAACUUCAACCGAAACCUCUAUUGAAACAUCUACUAAAACAUCGACUGACACAUCAACUGAAACAUCAACUGAAACAUCAACUGAGACAUCAACUGAGACAUCAACUGAAACGUCAACUGAACCGUCAACGGAAACUUCAACCGAAACCUCUAUUGAAACAUCUACUGAAACGUCAACUGAAACAUCAACCGAAACCUCUACUGACACAUCUACUGAAACGUCGACUGAAACAUCAACUGAAACAUCAACUGAAACAUCAACUGAAACAUCAACUGAGACAUCAACUGAGACAUCAACUGAAACGUCAACUGAACCGUCAACGGAAACUUCAACCGAAACCUCUAUUGAAACAUCUACUGAAACGUCGACUGAAACAUCAACCGAAACCUCUACUGACACAUCUACUGAAACAUCGACUGAAACAUCAACUGAAACAUCAACUGAAACAUCAACUGAACCGUCAACGGAAACUUCAACCGAAACCUCUUUUGAAACAUCUACAGAAACGUUUACUGAAACAUCAACCGAAACCUCUACUGACACAUCUACUGAAACGUCGACUGAAACAUCAACUGAAACAUCAACUGAAACGUCAACUGAAACAUCAACUGAGACAUCAACUGAAACAUCAACUGAACCGUCAACGGAAACAUCAGCUGAAACUUCAACCGAAACCUCUAUUGAAACAUCUACUGAAACGUCGACUGACACAUCAACUGAAACAUCAACUGAAACAUCAACUGAGACAACAACUGAGACAUCAACUGAGACAUCAACUGAGACAUCAACUGAAACGUCAACUGAACCGGCAACGGAAACUUCAACCGAAACAUCUACUGAAACGUCGACUGAAACAUCAACCGAAACCUCUACUGACACAUCAACUGAAACGUCAACUGAAACAUCAACUGAGACAUCAACUGAGACAUCAACUGAAACAUCAACAGAACCGUCAACGGAAACAUCAGCUAAAACUUCAACCGAAACCUCCAUUGAAACAUCUACUGAAACGUCGACUGACACAUCAACUGAAACAUCAACUGAGACAUCAACUGAAACGUCAACUGAACCGUCAACGGAAACUUCAACCGAAACCUCUAUUGAAACAUCUACUGAAACGUCGACUGAAACAUCAACCGAAACCUCUACUGACACAUCUGCUGAAACGUCGACUGAAACAUCAACUGAAACAUCAACUGAAACGUCAACUGAGACAUCAACUGAAACAUCAACUGAACCGUCAACGGAAACAUCAGCUGAAACUUCAACCGAAAUCUCUAUUGAAACAUCUACUGAAACGUCGACUGAAACAUCAACCGAAACCUCUACUGACACAUCUACUGAAACAUCGACUGAAACAUCAACUGAAACAUCAACUGAGACAUCAACUGAGACAUCAACUGAAACGUCAACUGAACCGUCAACGGAAACUUCAACCGAAACCUCUAUUGAACCAUCUACUGAAACGUCGACUGAAACAUCAACCGAAACCUCUACUGACACAUCUACUGAAACAUCGACUGAAACAUCAACUGAAACAUCAACUGAGACAUCAACUGAGACAUCAACUGAAACGUCAACUGAACCGUCAACGGAAACUUCAACCGAAACCUCUAUUGAACCAUCUACUGAAACGUCGACUGAAACAUCAACCGAAACCUCUACUGACACAUCUACUGAAACGUCGACUGAAACAUCAACUGAAACAUCAACUGAACCGUCAACGGAAACUUCAACCGAAACCUCUAUUGAAACAUCUACAGAAACGUCGACUAAAACAUCAACCGAAACCUCUACUGACACAUCUACUGAAACGUCGACUGAAACAUCAACUGAAACAUCAACUGAGACAUCAACUGAGACAUCAACUGAAACAUCAACUGAACCGUCAACGGAAACAUCAGCUGAAACUUCAACCGAAACCUCUAUUGAAACAUCUAC